AUGAAUCAAGCGUGCCAGCAUUGUCCCUCCAGUCCCCUAAAUGGGGCACGAUCAUUGCGACGCUCGGCGUCAGUGUCUUCAAUCCGCCCCCAUUAUGACACUGAUCUGUCAAUGGACAAACAUGAUAUCACCGAAUACCUAGCAACGAUCGAGCGUCUGGAGGAUUUACAUUACCGCGAAGUGGCAAGAUUGCAGGCAACGUUGAGUAGCCAUGGCGAGGAGCUUUCUAGUAUUCGUUCGAGACUGGAGAAUGCAAAGGGCAAGGAACAGGCAAGGAAGGAAAGCGCAUUAGAAAAAGCCCAAUUACGUGAUGCCGAGAUUAUUCCUUUGAGGGAAGAGCUUGGAUAUCAGAAGCAACAGAAUAUCGCUGUCGAAAAUUUGGCAGCAGAGGCUGAGAAGACCAUAGCUAACAUGCAACAACAAAUUCACCGCUUGGUAUACCAGCUAAACAGUAUGCGGAAUAAAAAGGAACAGUUUGCGGAUCGUAUCAAUCGUCUUGGGAACACCAACACCGUGCUCCUCAAGAAGAACAAAGCUAUUGUAAUGGAGACUGAUGAGUUUAAACAUGAGAUGAACGCAGCAAAUAGUUCCCUGACGGAUGCCAUUGUUCGAGAGAAAGAGAAAGCAGGUCUAGCACUUAUCCAGCGUGAUCUGGAACGCGCCCGAUGCCGACAGUAUGAGGCAGGCCUAUUUCCGGUAAGCGCACCCACGACCGCCCGGGACGACAAUGUCAUGCAUGUCUUGACGACAAAUGGACCGUCCACGUUGAAGGUCGAUGGGCCUGGUGCAGGCAGUGAAGCAGCACAAGAAGAAAGAGGAAAUUUGAGAGAAGCGAAUCGCAAGCUCAUUGCUGAAAUCUGGAAAUAUAAGAAGCGUAUGGAGUGUUUGGCCGAGCGCAUUGGCACCAAUCUAUCAGAACCAGACAUCGAACCAGAAAUGCAGUGA